CCCUGCUGGCGUAGGGGCGCGUCGCUUCGCCCGAGUUGCUCACACACACUGACUGUAGUUCGCUCGACUGUAAAAAAUCCCUUCUAAUGAUUCAGUUCGUGAAUAAAUAAAAAGAGUUUGGUGUCAUGGCGGAAUCUGCAGCGUGUCCCGCUUUCCAGCUCGGGAGACCCCGCUACGAUCAGAGUUCAUUCCUUGGACGUCUGAGACACUUUGUUGACAUCAUUGAUCCCAGCACCCUGUUUGUCUCAGAGAAAAAGUUAAAAGAAUGCAUCAAACUCCUUGAUGACUACAAACACAACACACUUCCUCCUGGAGUGUCUGCAGCUCAGUUGUGGGAAGCCCAGAAGAUUAAACAGGCCAUCAUUCACCCUGACACAGGAGAGAAGAUCUUCAUGCCAUUUCGAAUGUCAGGUUAUGUGCCAUUCGGAACACCAAUUGUCAUUGGCCUUCUCCUCCCAAAUCAGACUGUGAUGUCUACCAUUAUCUGGCAGUGGCUGAACCAGAGUCACAAUGCCUGCGUGAACUAUGCCAACCGGAAUGCCACAAAGCCUACUCCUACAUCUAAGUUUCUGGAAGGCUAUGUCGGAGCUGUGACCAGUGCUGUCUCUAUUGCAGUGGUACUGAAUGUGCUGAUUCAGAAGGCCAACAAUCUGAGCCCUGGCACCAGAAUGAUCAUCCAGAGAUUUGUCCCCUUCCCAGCUGUAGCAAGUGCAAACAUCUGUAAUGUAGCCCUGAUGAGACACAACGAGCUAUCUGAAGGUGUCGAUGUUCUGGACAACAACGGCAGCGUGGUGGGAUCCUCCAAAAUUGCUGCUCGACAUGCAAUAAUGGAGACCGCCUUCACACGUGUGGUUCUUCCUAUGCCAAUCUUCGUGCUGCCGCCCAUCAUCAUGGCCUACCUCGAAAGGCUGCGAUUCCUGCAGAGAAACCGCAGACUUCUGCUGCCCAUCCACAGCGUUGUGUGCCUGGUUACGUUCGGCCUCUCGCUGCCCGUGGCCAUCAGCCUCUUCCCUCAGAUGUCUCAGAUUGAGGUAUCUCGCCUUGAGCCGGAGAUUGCCAUGGCAACGGAUUGCAAAGUGUUGACCUACAACAAAGGUUUAUGAUGAAGAUGGGACACAAGCUCUAAACUGAGGCUGCUUUAUGAAUGACUGUAACCGCGACCCUGCUGCAGGGUUUUCGGGGUAUCUGACACGUAAUUAUUAUUAGAGUUGUAUUUACCCAACAUUCCUAGACCUGUUCUCAUACAGAAAAUGCUGCAUUCACUGAGCCAUGGUGAAUCCUCUGAACAGCCCAAAGAUUGUUGCCUUCACUACAGCUGACCAAGAACUCUCAAUUUUUACUAUAACAUCCCUUUUUAUCAAUAAUGUGUUUCUGAUAUUUACAGAGUAUUGUUUUCUGGAGUUUCUGUAGCACAAUCAACCUAAAUGGUGAUCCAUUAAAUUUUGAUAAUGAGAUCAUUUAAAUGCAUCUUUCCUGGACUGUUUUUGAGUCAGAUAUGUAUUGUGUUUUUCUCGCAUUUCUUCAUAUUUUUUUGGCCCCAAGUGUUGAGCUCUGGCAGCUGGUGAUAUGUUUGUUUUUCUGUCAGAUUUUCACUGCGAACAGCUGCCUGUGAAGCAACAGAAGGAAAGUCUGUGAAUUGGGAUGGAAGCAGCAGGAUGAAAGAGGUUAUUGAGUUUUUGUAGAGCAGAGGGCAGCUGCACAGUGUGGGGAUUCUUCCCUGUGCAUUAAUAUUACUGAAGGCACCUCUCAAAAUACACUUUAUAGACAGCGCCCUGCACAUUUAUAGGCACCCUAGUAGAAAUGUAGAAAUGCCUCAGAUUUAUUGCAGCAGCAUACGUUUACACUAUGAAAUGUUGUACUCUCAAUUUUUACUAUAACAUCCCUUUUUAUCAAUCAAACCUUUUAAUUUGCUAGCUAUUCUUUCAGUAAUUUAUUUUCACUUUCUUCUUCUUCUUCCCUGCUGUUGAUAUUUUGAACAACUUGUUUUGGCAAAUAGGACAGGAAGACCUCAUUGGUGACCCAUUUCAUGUUCAGUAGUAAAGUCCAACAGGUAUUUAUUUAAAACAGGAUCACAGCAUUUUAGAUCCUCCAUCAUUGCUACCUGUAGACAUGAUUUAGAGAUUUGUCCUCCAGUGUUUUUUUUUUUUUUUACUAGUCCUACAUGUAGGGUUUGUUGCCAAAAACACAGUUUUAUGCUGAUUUAAUUUAAUCUCUUGACCCUCAUACUUUGUCAUUAUUUCUGUGGUGUGAGGGGAAGGCAAAAAAUUAAAACAUUUCUUUUUCAGAGGCAUACUUGGAGCAAAGGGACAGAAAAAUGUACAAAGAAAUUUAGUUUAUGUUAUUUGUAACUGUACAUAAAUAUAUCAGUUAUUUCUAAUUAGUUAAAAAUACAAAAAAAAAAUCAUAAAAUAAUUCUUAACUUAAAAUGUUUUACUGUCACAAACAUAUAAAAUCAAAUUUAGUGUUUGGCUUGUUUGUCCAAAGCACAGAAUGCCAAUUAAUUGAUCUUUACUAAUUGUGGAUAUGUUGAAAUUAAAUAUUUUGUUUAUCUAAACUAUUUGUGCUAAUAAAGGUGAAUGGUACCAUGACUGCUUUUAUUCAGUCACAAGUCUGUUCUUUUGUAACAUAAGCUAAAGUUGUGAUAGAAAACAUUAGUUUCUGAAGAGUACGAAUUGAAAUGAGUCAGACUUUGUGUUGUACAUCUAUAUGUUGGAGCAGUCUGUCAAAAUCUAAACUGGUCACAUAUUACUAGACCAGGUUGGAUUUGUUUUAGCCGGCACAUUGGUCCCUGUUUACUGGGGUUUAAUGAACAUCUGCUGCAGAUAUUUACUGAUUUAUAGACCGACAAAUAUUAACAGAGCACCUUUUUUUAACCCACGUAAUGUGAAUUAGCAUUCACAACUUCUGAUAUUGUAUGAAGUUUUUGUCUUAAUAUUUUUACACUACUGACUGUUAUUCAACUUUAACUGCAGUUACAUCAGAUUUCUUUUCUGUACAUUAUUUUAAAUAUAUGUGUAACAUAUGUAAGAUGAGAUGUAUUGUUUAUAAAUUCAUUCUUAUUAAAUGUUUGCUUG